UUUGGAGGCGGGUCUGCUCCAUUGUCCGUCGCUUUUUGGAUCCAUUCACUCUGUAACACGCUGGUCCACAACCAGUGGACUGAAGUUUUUCAGCUUUGUUUGGGGGGAAGUCUCGUGUCACUGCUGCCUGGUCCUGCGAAUGUGCCUGGUCGUUACCUGGGACUUCUUUCCUCUCGCAGUGCUGUUCUGAAUCUGCUGCAGGAGACAUGUGGCACCGUUUGUCUCUGCUGCUCCUGUGCUGUGCUCUGACCGGACUCGAUGCUCUGGAUGCGGACAGGAUUGACAAAAUGCCGCCGACCGACGAUCCGGUGGCGGGUCAAAAAGCGGAGCAGGACGCUGCUCCCUCCGCGGCGGCCAGCGCGGAGUCGGGUCCCCGAGAGGAACAGCAGCGGCCCGCGGGUAUAGACGCUCCUGCUGCGGGUGCAAAGGGGAGAGUGGAGCGGCCCACCGCCGAGCCUCUGGAGGAUGAGCUGGACAACCAGGAGAACAUCAUCAGCCAGCUGCUGGGUGAUUACGACAAAGUAAAGACUGUGUCAUCAGGCUCCGAUUGUUUGUGCCGCUGCAUUGUUCGACCAAUCAAGCGCUCUGACUGCAGCCGUAUCCCUGACAGUGGCCCGACAUCGCUGUCCCAGGAUUUUUACACUGUGGAGACGGUUACCAAGGGAACAGACUGCAAGAAGUGUGUGUGCAUGGUGCCGCCUUCAGCUGUCAACCCGUGUGAGGGAGACUACAGGUUUAAAAAACUGCAGGAGGCCAGCAAGGAUGACAUAAAGCUGGCAACUAUUAUGGACUUGUUGGAGGGCUCUCUGUAUGGAAUGGACUUGUUAAAGCUCCACUCUGUCACCACCAAACUGCUGACCAAGAUGGACAACAUGGAAAAAGCCUUUGCACAUAACUUUACAGAGAGAGCAAGAGAGAAAGAGCGUGCAAUGGACAGGGCAAAAGAGAAAGAGAAGGAGAAGAAGGCCCAGCAGAAGAAAAAGAAAGUGACUGAUCAUGCAGGACAGAAGAAUCGUGCCCCUGCCUCAGCUUGCAAACAGAAGAAUAAUGACGUUCAACCUAAGAAAAACCAACAGCCAGAUGUUCUGGAACAACAAGAGCCAACCAGCAACAAGACAGCAAGUCAAAAGCCAGUCAAAGAGAAGAACAGCAUGGUCGUUAAGGGCAUGACCUUCUAUAAGGCAGAAGAAGAGAGCUAUAAGACGAAGGAGAGAGGGAGGGCAAAGAAUACGACUCUGACUGCACAUACUUCAUGGGACCUACUGAUUUCUGACCAGCUCCCACCCGACAGGACUUUCCCCAUCCAGGAUCCAGGUCCUGCGCCCACUGUGAGCACAGGACCAGACAGUGGGGAGGCAUCAAGGAGAGUAAGCAGUCAAGCACCAACCGAGCCGUCAACCGAUCAUCCCACCACCACCCAACAAACCACCACUACAGCCAAACCAGCCCCCACCACCAUAAAAGCAACGACUGCAGUAACCACUUCCCCGGCUCCCAACCCAACAACAGCCAAACUGACAACUUCCCAACAAACUACAACUACAACUACAACAAAGGCUGCUACACCUCUCACCCAGCACAGGACCUCAGCUUCAAGUUCUAAUUUAAGUCCACCUGUUGAUGCGUCUCCCACAGCAGGGUCUGAGCAGGAACCCAAAAGACGUCUUAGCUGGACGGAGAGCCCUAAGGACCAGCCGAAGACCACCAAGAAGCCUGGAAUGUGUAAGGACACAGUAGCCAGCCUCUCUGAUCCGGUCGAGCACAACUCCUACGGCCUAAGUGACGGAGCCUGGAUGAGAGAUGCACGCGGCCAUGGCAACGUCAUCUACCUGACCAGCGGGCUCUAUGGCAGCAACCUGCAAGAGUUCAGAGACAUGGACACCUUCAAAUCAGGUCAGGCGAGUAAUUCAUACAAGCUGCCCUAUAGUUUCACCGGCACGGGCCACGUCGUGUUUAAUGGGGCUUUCUACUACAACCGUGCGUUCAGCAGGGAUGUCAUCAGAUACGACCUGAGGCACCGAUAUGUCGCCGCCUGGACCACGCUGCACGAUGCGAUACUGGAGGAGCAAGCUCACAGAACGCAAACUGAAGUGGAGUUUGCUGUGGAUGAGUCUGGCCUGUGGUUACUCUACCCUGCUCUGGACACAGAGGGCUUUCACCAGGAAGUAAUCCUGCUAACCCAUCUCCAUCCCCGCGACCUUCAGCCAAUACGGAGCUUCCGCACAGGUCUUCGGCGUGGUCGCUACGGAAAUAGCUUCCUGGUUUGUGGCGUGCUCUAUGCUGUGAACAGUAUGGAGCACCGCUACGCCAACGUGACUUAUGCCUAUGACACGCACACGCUCACACACACCGUGCCGAGCCUUGCCUUCACAAACAUGCAUGCGCACACUUCACAACUGGCUUACUGCCCAUUGGACAAGAAACUGUACGCUUGGGAUGAUGGACAUCAGAUGAUGUAUGAUGUCAUCUUUGCUUAUUAGCACAAUGAAGGGACACAGGAUGGAAGAAGUGAUGGCAGCAGGGAUGGUCAACAGAAGAAUGGAUGAGUUCAAGUCAUAGCUGAGGACAGAAGAUUAGCUGAACAGAUCAUUGUUUUUUUAUGGAUCAGCCUAAGUGAAUGUAUUUUAGUAUCAACCGCAACUGCUGCUCUACAACACACACCAAAGUCAGUUUUAACCAGCCAGGACCCCAUUAACCAUGAUCUCUCUCCAGGUUAAGCAGGUUUUCCUUGUAGGCUCUUAAAUGUCCACAGCAGCACUAUAGAGCUUCUCUGCGUCAGUUGUCAGGGGUGCUGGAGAUGAUGCCAAAUACAUUUAACUUUCCUUAGCAUAAAGCCUGGAAUGUUCCAGUAUCAAAACGAAGUGUAAUAAACAGUGCAAAAUACAGCAUUCAGCUAGUUUAGGAAAGUAAAUUCUGAUUGAUUUAGCUGCUGUUUGAGCCAGAUGUUAUCUAACUUUAAUGAAAACUAAAAUAAUGCAGCAGUGAGUCAUGUAAACUUCGUGAAUAUGAAAAAGACAGAUGUACCUUCGGGAAUGUUUGCUUUCAGCCGUCAGAUGUUGAGAAAAAAGAAGUAGAGGAGGACAUCAGCAUAAUUUAAGGGAAUUGUUCAGUUAUUUAGUGCUUUUGUUUUAGAUUUAGUUUUUUAAUCUAACCACUAUUGCUCAUUGUACAUUAAACAUAAGCAACAAUAGCAUUUAGAUGUAAAAAUGUAAAUAGAUCAUGAAGGUUUGUUUUCUCCUACAGAUUUCGCAGCAUCUGAAGGUGAUCUUAUCCUCUUCCAAAUGGGUUUGAGGUCCCUGUUAAUAAAGAAUCCCUUUUAAGAGCAUUGUCAGUCACAACGCCUUUGGGAAAUAUGGUUGUAAAGCUGUUUUUAUAAUAACCUUGUUCUCAAGAUUCCCGCAGAGUAGCACUCACAAUAUUAUACUUUUGUAUACUCUUCUGGUAAUGAAAAAAGAUACGGACACUCAAAUUCAGGUUCAGUGUAUUAAUUAGUCUAUACUGUAUGUUUUUAUAAUGAAUAUUUGCCUAUUUACCAUCGAUCCUGACAGAUAAUGUUCCCAUCCUGAGCGUUAGGACAGCAGGGAAUGGAAGCUCUUAACCCUGUUACUGUCAGUACUUCAUGAUUGAGGCUCAGUCCUUCCAAACUAAUUUCACGCUGACACAUGCUCCACAUGCAGCUCCCAAGACAAGGUUGAUUUCAACUGCUGUACUACAAGUUAGACUUUUUGG